AUGGAUGAGGAGGUUCAAGCCAUUGCCACCACAAUGCCUAGGCUGAAGCACCUUGAGAUGGCAUACCAUCUUAUCAGCACAAAAAGCGCUCUUCAAAUACUCUCAAGCUGCACCGAGCUCGAGUUUUUGGAUUUGAGAGGGUGUUGGGAUGUUCAACUUGAGGACAAGUUCCUCAAGGAAAAGUACCAAAAAUUGAAGGUUUUAGGGCCUCUUAUUCUCGGAUGCUUUUGA